AUGCCCGGCGCCACCCCGACCACCUCCACCUCCUCCACCACCGCCUCCUCCACCUCCGCCACCACCGCCGCCUCCGCUAGCACCGCCGCCGCCUCCGCCGCCUCCUCCUCCACUGCUGCCACCGACACCUCCACCCCCGCCACCACUCCCACCGCCACCCCCACUCCCUCCGCCGCCUCCACCGCCACCUCCACCGCCCCCGCUAGCUCCACCCGCGCCCUUGCCCCCCUUGCCCUUGCCAGAGCGGCGUCUCCCGCUAGGGGCAGACGCCACACCGACCGACUCAAGACCAACGAGGUCGGCCGCAGCGGCAGAGGCGACAGAGGGCAACAGGGGGGAAGGAGAACACCCCUCAAAGAUGGGGGUGCGAGGGUCACCACGAGAGGCUCCUACAGCGACUAUGCUCUUCUCCGCUGCUAG